AUGUUGUGUUCUUUGUUUGCAACUCGCAUUAAAAUUCCAUAUGGAGGAAAUGCGCAUAUGAAAACACUACAAAACAAGCAAAAUAUUCAGUCUUUUUUCAAGAAGCAUAACCAUUCCGUAAUUAUUUUUGGAGAUUAUCAGUACAUCUUAGACUUUAUGGAUUAUGGCAUUUCCAAAUAUAAAGAUCGCAUUGGUUUUGCAACAGCUCCAUAUAAAUUAUCUAGUUCUUACUAUUGUACAACACAGCCAUGUUUUCAAGCAUUUCAUGGCGAAACACCACUCAAAAUUAAAAACCCACCACCCGUUGUCGGAGAGUUCGCCUUGUAUUUAGCCAGAAUUCUUCAAUCUGAUUACACACUUUUCCAUUGUGUUGAAGAAGUUCGAAGAUUAUUCUUCGAUAGAUCACCUUCUUUCGUUGCAGUUGACUAUGAGGAGAGACCUCCUGAAUCUCCUGAAGGAGUACAUGCAAAUCUUAUUCCAUCUCACCUACUUCGUGAAUUCGGAUUAGAAAUUCCAAAAGGCUUGUAUGUUUACAAUCCAACUGACAAGCAAUUACUUCCUAUGACAAAGCCAUAUGAAGAAAUGAUUGUUCCAAAGCUUAUUGAUCCAAUUCCAGAACAGAUUUCUUCUAAGCCAUAUCUUAUCGCUUUCAACGUAAACGAAAACGGCGAAACUGCUGAUUCAGAAGGUAACGAUGCAUAUUAUACACUCUCCAACCUUUAUUCCAAGUACAACAAGUCAGCCAAUUUCGCCUUCCUCAAUGGCCAAUAUUCACACUUUUACGAAGUCAAUUCAAGACUCAAUCCAGCCAAGAAACCAUACUUUGUCAUCUUUAACUCAACAAAUAUCACCAGAAACCGCUGGUUAAUUCUUGAUCAUAAUUUAACAGAUGUUGAUUAUUAUGACGCCUUUGUCGAGAGAAUUAUUUCAGGAAAGGAGCCAUUCACACUCAUCAGCAAGCCAAUUGAAGAGCAAAACACUACAUUCAAAGAAAUUGUUGCAAAUAACUUCAAAGAACUCGUUCUUGACAAUCCAAAUGAUACCUAUGUUGCAGUUACAGCUCCUUGGUGCGGACACUGCAGCGCGUUUAAGCCAAUUCUUGCAAACAUGUCUGAUUACGUCGUUGGAAAGCCAAUUAACAUUUAUUGGUUCGACGGAACAGCAAAUGACUUCGGCAAGAUACCCGAUAUUGAUGGUUAUCCAACAUUCUUCGCAUGGCCAGCAGGAAAGAAGAAUGAAAAACCAGUGAAAUUCGAUGGAGAUCGCGAUUUCAAUGGUGUUUUGCAAUUCCUCAAUACAACUGGUGCUUAUAAGUUCCCACCUCCUGUUAACACUACAGAUGCAAAAGAUCCAGCUGCUGAAAAUAAGGAAUUAUAA